GUCAUCUCUCGAACAUCUUGUUAUCACCACAAACUUCUCACAGAACAAAAACUUUUCUCAUCAAGACAAGACGAAUUGCUGGUUUGGUUCACAACAUUCCUAGUUACCUAAACCUUCGAACCAAUUGUCCCCAGAUAUCAUAGGUUCCUAAAGUAUUUCGCAGAGAGAAACCUGGCAUUUGAGCUUCAACAAGCAUAUCCUAUGGAAUUUCAAGCUUACAUGAUCAACGUGAUGUCGCUCAUUGAAUCUCUCGAAUGGGAGUUCCUCGUCAGCCAACAACCCUUGUUAGCAUGUCCAGAGGCUGUGAAGGUCUUCUACUCCAACAUGGAGUGUGCGGCAACAUGAAGUUACGGGAUACUUCGACAGUUGUCCCAGGGGUGUGCAAGACAUUUUACAGCUAUGGCGUACUUUGAUAUGACAGGGUGAUGGGAUGUGGCGCUGGAUGGAAAAUUUUUUAUGGAUAGGUUCCCUAAGGUGACCGUCCAGGGCCCACCGGUGACAGAUCUGUACUACAUGAUGUACAGCUCCGAGAGUGACGAUGACGACGAUGAGGUGACCAACAUGGAGUGUGCGGUAAACCUGAAGUUACGGGAGACUUUGACAGUUGCCCCAGGGGUGUGCAAACCAUGGGGCAUGGCCGUUUCAGGACCCUAUUGCUGGACGGAUAUUGACAUCGAGGAAUGGAUUGAAGUGUCCUCGCCAGAACAAAUCAAUCGGAUUUUCCAGAUGCUCAUCACUCGGAGCUCUGGUUCCCUCCGCAAUGAUGCAAUGUUCUCUUUCCUCGCCCAACAGUAAGCCCUAGACAACUACAAUUAUUAUUUUUUGCUCAUUAUACAUACAAAAAAAAACAAGAACCUAUCACCAAACCCUAAAACUCGACACGCAAACAAGAAAAAACCCACCUCUGUCAAUCGUCGUCGUCCUCCUCAUUACUGGCAUCAAUCACCUUCACCCACGCCAGCGAGGCCCGUGGCUCGCCUUCUCCCGUCCUUUCCUCUCUGAUUCCUCGAGAAAAAACCCCAAGACAAACCAAUAAGAAUUCAUCUAUCUUCCUAAAAAACUACUCGCCAUCUUCGGCUGAAGUUUGCAUGUACGAACGAAGAAGUUAUAGGCUUCAAAGAAUUGUGAUCCAUUUACCAUGGAUGGAUUCAUUUCCUUGUGACAUUGAGAAUGAAGUUGAACUCUUUUG